AUGGGAUGCUGUUCUUCAUCGAAAUCUUCAAUUAAAAAUGUUAAAAAACCUAUUUUCAAAUCGGAUAGUUUAUAAUCUGAAAAUAGUUCAAUAUUUGUUGAAUCGCAAGAAAAAUAUAAGGAGCAAUCAUAAGAACAAGAAACUUGUGCAAAACCAAGUUUAAAUAAGAAGAAAACCAAUUAAUUAAUAUGUUUUUAAAUUUAAUAAGACAUUAUUCAAAAUAAGGAUAAUCUUAAUGCAGUAGAUGAUGAAUUUUUUGAAUAAAAAAAUUAGAGCAACGUCUAUAAAGUAGAAAAAAGAAAUUCAGACUCUGAUUAUUGA